AGUGCUUUUCGCGCCACGACAUCGGCAUAGUAUAUUGUCUAAGAUCUUUUUACCAGAUUGUAAGGUCACAUCCUAUUCAACAUCUUUUGAAUCAUAGCGCAAAAUGCAUCGCUCGGUGCGAACUGUGUGCAUCCUCGCGCUUUGGGGCAUGUUCAGUCUCAUCGCCGUCCAGGCACAAAACCACUCCGAAUAUCUUCUGCCUGGGGAUGAGAUAGAAUGGAAGGCUUUUGGCAAGAUCGAUCCUUGGGGCUUACCUCCUAAUGCUACUAAAGGCCGUGACAACGAUGGCGCAGUAUAUCUUGGCAGUGUUGGCAGCAAUCAAAUUGGUUGUGGCGUCGUCCCCUACGAUCCAGAUGGUGACAUCUGGUUGGUCCCCGCAGAGGACGACGAGUUUGAGUCGGUAGGCUACGUUCUACCUCACAGCGAGUAUAAUUCGACAUCAGACAGUUCCUUCGCAGACUGCGUGCUGCGUGAGGCUUCAGAAGCGGGAGGGUUGAUCAUCAACGAGAACUCCCUAGUUCCCCUCGGGUUGAGCAACAACGGAGCUGUGUACUGGUUCAGGGGCAAUCUAACCACGGUCCACAAGGUCCUCAAGCCCGAUGAGCCCGAUGAGCCCCGCACCAAAGCAAUCCGCCGCUGGUAUUCUAUUGCCAAAGCGCGGACUGAGUUGAAGAAACCGAAAGAUGACCCCAAGAAGAAGGCUGCGAUGCGACAAGCGCUCCUACAUGCACAGUUAGCCGGUCCCGGUCAGCCCGGUAGCCCCAGAGCAUCAUCCAAGUAGCGCAGCAGUCUGCAAACACACACUGCGUACUCGGAUAGAUAGGCUGCAAAUUCAGGCAGGACAUCAUAGCCAGAGAUAAGGGACGAUCCCAUGAGAACCUAUCUUCACGGGGGCUAAGGGGGACAACAAGCCCUCAUAUCUGCAUCCAAGUCAACACUCUCUUAGCAUAGUCUCAGCUAAACGAACUUA